CUCAACUGUAGCAUAGACUGUAGCAGCCAGAGCACUGCAAUCACUUAAGUUAUUGUUUUCUGCUGUUCUAUAGAAUGCUGUUUGGCAGUCUUCUAUUCUUUUUCCAUCCAGCUCUCUGCGUAUUACUUUUCAUCAAUCAACCACUGCGUCGCUCACAGAUUGCCUAAUUUAAUCUUUGUUCAAUAAACCACUAAUUUCUGUGUUUUCUCACUUUUAUAUAAUACUGCUCUUGAUCUGCUUUCUUUUUUUUACUACAUUUUUAUUGGUAAUACACUCAACACAGCAUCCAUCCACCUUUGCUCUGAAAUGUCUUUUCAUUUUAUUUCGUCCUUUUUAUCAGGCAGUCAAAAUAAAUCUUUGCCAAAUAACAAUAAAAACAACUCCAAUAAUGGCACUAAUCCUAAUAGUAAUAACAACUUUAAAAGAAAAACUAAAAAACCAUUUCCCCAAUCAAAUCUAAACUUCUCGCUAGAUUCUACUGACUUGAACAAUUCCAAUUUUUUCAAUAUUUCAAAUGUCUCAAAUACUGAUUUAAAUUCUCCCUCAAAUUCAUUGAACCGGAAAUUUUUCAAAACUCGUUCUCAAUCUCACUCUUCUCAGCUGAAACCUCAUCUCCAUGAUUCCUCUCUAAGAAGAGUAUCAACCAUAUCCGCCACUACUUCAAAUCCUCACCAUCUCCAUUCUUCAUCAAAACACCAUCCCAACAAAGAUAAAUCAAAAUCAUACUAUUCAAAUAAUGCCCUAAAUAAUGACCAACUAAACACCUAUAAUUCUACAAAAGUCUCCUUUCAAGAAGAUUUGCCUCUUCCUAAAAAUUUAAAUUUAAAUUUAAAUUACACCACUGGCAAUAAUAAAAAUAACAACAACACCAUCACCAUUGAUGAAAACAACAAUAAUAACUAUACUCGCAAAAAGAAAAAUUUAAAUCGAAACCUCUACAAAAGUUUCAAAGAUAACGAAUUAACCAAUUUGGAAAAACUAACUAGCAAUCUAAAUUCAAUCGAUUCCCUAAAAAAAAUUCUUAAAUCAAAAUUCGGUUUCAAUCUAUCUAAUAAAAAUGCAAUACAUAACCUUUACGACAUCUCUAUAAACGAUAAUAUUACAUCAAAUAACAAAUCCAUAAGAAAACAAAGAAGACAUUCAUCUGUCCUCUUUAACUUAUCAAACUCAAAUAAAGCCAUCGAAUAUACUGAUUCGGACUCAAAUUCUUUAAAAAGAACCCUCAGCAAUACCUCUCAAAAAUCUUUCAAAGAAAAUUUGAAAAAUUCUUUAAAACUACUAUCCCCAACCACUUCUCAUUCUGAUCAAAUCUCAAUCUCUUCUCCAAUCUCAAAUCUAGACUACAAUAACUUGGUAACAACAAUCAGCGUUCCAAUGGCUUCAAACAUCACCGUAACCUCAAAUUCAAACAACAAUAAAGUUUAUGAGAAAAAUCACGAAUACUUAGCUAAAAAAUUAAUCUUAAAUAACCAAAAUAACCAAAAUAGCCAAAAUAGCCAAAAUAUCGCUUUCGACACAUACGGAAACCUACUAGAUAACUCGAAUUUAAAGAUAUCUGUACUCAACUCUAAUGACAAAGUCUACAUUAGUUCAAAUGCUGGUUUAAUAAAUCUUUCCUCUGUAGCAAAUAAUCUUCACAACUUUUUAAAUGAUGACGAUGACGAAAAUGCCUAUGAAAAUAGAAGCAGAAAUAACAAUAACAAUGACAAUGACAAUAACAAUGACAAUGACAAUAACAAUGACAAUAACAAUAACAAUAACAGUCUAUCAAAUGCAACAACAAAUUUAACCUCAAAUCAAAACUCAAAUUCAACCGCUACUAUGACCACAGAUACGUCAAACCAUGCUUUACAUACCUUUGCUGUUGUAGUCUCAAUUCCAAAAAUUCCCCGAAACGAUUAUUCAGACGAUAACGAUAACUAUGAUGACUCAAAUUUAGAUUCCGAUACUGACACUGAUAUACUAAGUGAAGCUAUGGACUCAGAUUCCACAAGAAAUGAUAUCCAAAAUAAUAAAAAUAAAACUACAAAAUCUUACCAAAACCGAAACAACUUAUCUCCCCUUUUACAACCUUCCAAUGCUUCUGACACAUCAAAACUAAAAAAAAUGCCCACUUUAGACUCAGUUCUGGCUCCAAGAUCUUCUCGUUCCUCAUACAAAACUAAUAAUUCAUACCAAGAAUACUUGACCAAGACAAAUAUUAAUCUAGAAAACUUCAACUUUUCUUUAAACCUGAUAUGUGACAUUAAAUGGCAUAAAGGUUCUCCUGUUGAAUUUACAAAUAGUAUAAAUCACAAUUACUAUAAAGAACUUUACGACUCUUCUUUAAAUUUUAAUGAAAAAUUUCUAAUUGGUUCUGAAUCAUGGAAUAUAAAUCUCUUGAAGGAUUUUAACUACUUUAUUCCUGCAGAUUCUCUGUCUUUUUUGGCAUUUACAUCCGAUAGCAAUUCGGGCUCUUUUGAUAUUCUUAGUGAUGCAGACGAUUAUGAUAACGAUCAAUUAUUAACAAACUCAACUACGCCGCUUAAUUCAAACAAAUUUAGAAAAAUAGUUUGUGGAAAAAAUAAAGAAUUCGACUUGAAAAAAUUUUCUUUAUUUACAAUGGAUGAAAUUAAUAAAAAUGACUAUUACUUGAAAAAAAGAAUGACAGAAAAACUUAAACUCAAUCAAAAAGAUUUUCCAGAAUUUAAAAAAAAUACUUUAAAUAAGGAGUUUUCAAACGAUUCUUCAAAUAACAAUUCAGAUAGCGAACCAUUGGAUUGUUCUUCUCCAAAUACCCCAAAUCAAGCUUUGAAAAGAGAAUUCACCUAUCCUCCAGGAGAUUAUGUGUUUAUUUUUCCUGUCAUCUUUCAAUCAUUUUUACCAGAAUCAGUUGUAUCGCCAAGAGGAACUUUAACUUAUCAAUUUGAUUUGAAUUUAAAAAAGUAUUCAUUAGAAAAAGUUAAUCCUUUAUUUAAUAAAUUUUCUUUCAUAAAAAAUAUUACAAAUAAGUUGGGAAAUAAUGAUAAUAAUGAGAAUUCAAAGCAAAAUCCAAAUAGUUUGAAUGAUUCUAAUCUUGAAAAUUACAAAAAUAUUCAAAUUUUCGAAGAAAAUAUGAAUAAGUGCUUUAAUUUGCCCUUGAUUAGACUACCACCCAAAACAUCUAUCUCCACUAUAAACAAGCCUAUAUAUGUUAAUAGAGUGUGGAACAAUUCAUUAUCCUAUGAAAUUUCAUUUCCUCAAAAAUAUGUUCCUUUGAAUUCAGAGAUUCCAAUUCGAAUUAAAUUGAUACCAUUGAUAAAGCAUAUCACUGUCAAAAGAAUAAAAAUUAACAUAAUAGAAAAAAUAACAUAUACCUCUAAAGAUCUAAAAUACGAAUAUGAUGAAGGUGUUGCUAACGUUCAAGACAAUAAUAUUAAAGAAAAAAUUGUUGCGUUGACUGAAAUUAGAACGAGAACAAAAGGAAGCAAAGCAAUACGAGAAGAAAUUGUCAAGUCAACAUGCAAUGAAAAUCUUUUGACAUAUUGUUUUGACAAAAAUCAAAAGCAAGGUUGCGACAUAAACAGCAAGGAUGGCGAUGUUUUAAUCAGCUCUCCAAUUAUUCUUGAAACGCCGUUACUUUUCAAAAGUGCAGAGCACAAGCCUAAUGUCUCAAAAUCAAUUGAUUCAAAUGGUAAAUACUAUAAAACAAGGAUUAAAAGUGGUGGUCAUGAAUUCAAAAUCUCAACUUUAACUGAUGGGAAGGACGCAAAAUCUUCAAAUGAUUUUCUAGCUGAACAAACAAGAUUAUAUCCUGAUAGCUCAAAUUUGAGUUUUAUAAACACUAGUCACAGAAUUCAAAUUUCUUUUAGAAUUUCAAAGAAAAAUAAUCCACUAGAAGAGAAAUAUCAUCAUUUUGAAGUUAUGAUCGACACUCCUAUAAUUUUGCUUUCAAGUUUGUGUAAGCCAGAGAAUACUACAUUACCUCCUUAUAUUGAAAAUCCUGAAGAUGAAAAUAUGACUUUAACUAACAGCAACACUUAUAAUGAUGUUGAUUCGAUUUUUGAUGAUGACCAAUUACCAACUUUUGAAGAGGCUCUUCAACAACCGGAGUACACACUUGAAAGAAUGGAGACAAAUUAUGGGAGUCCAACUUUUUCUCCUUCUUUCUCUUCAAACUUGGCAUCGCCUAUUAGAGGUGGUAAUUUGCCUCAGUUUUCUUCAUUGAGUUCUUCUCAGGUAAUUGGCAACAUCGAUGAAAAUGGAAAUACAAACUCUCUUGUUUUGAAUUCAUUUAUUGGUGAAGAUCAGCUUAGUAUACCCAGAAUUGGUCCACUAAGUAUUAGCAAUGCCCUUUCUCCAAUUAUAUCAAAACUGGAAAUUUCCUCCCCAGUUUCCGAUUUACUUGAAACAAAUUUUGUUUCUUCAAGCAGUAAUGGUAUUUACAACAAUUUUAUUGAUUUUCGAAAUAUGCCCUUGCACCCACCACGAUAUAGUGAUAUUGACAAGUCAAUUGGAAGAGUAUUGAGCAUUCAAGAUAAAGCAGAUUUUUCUUUAUUAGAAGACGAUGAAGAAGAAAAAAAAAAAAUGGAAUUAGAUUUAAUUAACCAGUUUCGAUACCCUCACACUAAAUUUUCAAAUCAAAUAAAUUCCAAAAACAACUGAAAGGACCUACUCUUAGAGAUAUUUUUUUUAUUUUUUAUUUAUUUUAAUUUUCUUAAUGCAAAUAUAUUGCUAGUUUUAAUGUAAUUUUGAGUUUUUAAUGUAAUUUUGUUUCUUUCCUGAU